AUGGGCAAUAAAUCUGGACCAUGGCUGGAAUGAACCCUACAUGAACUCAGUCUCACAAUAGUUGUCAGGGUUGGAGUGUAGUGGGAUGUGGAAUCACACGCAGGACACAGAGAUAUAAAUCCAAAGCUCUUUAGUGAAGUCCGUAGUGCACGCCAAAACCGGCAACAGGCCACAGGCGAAAACAAACGCACACUAGACAGUCAAAGUAAGUAUGCACAACGUGCAGGACUCUCUAUUACAACCCGAAAAUAAGAGAGAACAAAAUACAGAGGACCAAAACCACACGACAGCAGAACAAUUACACACAACCCCUGACCUAACACAAGGGAACUAAAUAGGGUGCCUAAUGAAACUAAACAACGAACAUGUGUGACAAACAGACAAAACCAAUCAAACAAGAAACAUAGAACGGUGGCAGCUAGUACUCCGGAGACGACGACCGCCGAAGCCUGCCCGAACAAGGAGAAGGGGCCGCCCCGGCCGAAACCGUGACAGUAGUUAUAAGGUGUGGGAUUAGCCACAGCACUGUGCAUGCUGAGUUCCCGCUAAGUUAAUUUACAUACUAAUUUACACAAUGUCCAAUCACUACUGCCUGGCUGCCAGAGGUCAGGGGUUGUGCCAGAGGUCAGGGUUGUGCCAGAGAUCAGGGUUGUGGCAGAGGUCAGGGUUGUGCCAGAGGUCAGGGUUGUGCCAGAGGUCAGGGUUGUGCCAGAGGUCAGGGUUGUGGCAGAGGUCAGGGUUGUGCCAGAGGUCAGGGUUGUGCCAGAGGUCAGGGUUGUGGCAGAUUUCAGGGUUGUGGCAGAGGUCAGGGUUGUGGCAGAGGUCAGGGUUGUGGCAGAGGUCAGGGUUGUGGCAGAUUUCAGGGUUGUGGCAGAGGUCAGGGUUGUGGCAGAGGUCAGGGUUGUGCCAGAGGUCAGGGUUGUGGCAGAGGUCAGGGUUGUGGCAGAGGUCAGGGUUGUGGCGAUUUCGGGUUUUGGGGAGGUAGGGUUGUGGCGAGGUAGGGUUUUGUCAGAGGGCAGGGUGUGUCAGAGGUAGGGUUUCGUAGAGGUCGGGGUUUCGGCAGAGGUCGGGUUGCGGCAGAGGUAAGGGUUGUGAAAAAGGUCAGGGUUUUUGGCAGAGGUGGGUUGUGAGAGGCGGGUUUUUGGGGGAGAGGUAGGGUUUGGGCAGAGGUCAGGGGGUUUUGGGAGAGGUAGGGUGUGGGAGAGGUAAGGGUUUUGGCGAGGGGGGUUGUGCCAGAGGUCAGGGUUGUGGGAGAGGAAGGGUUGUGCCAAAGGUCAGGGUUUUGGCCCGAGGUCAGGGUUGUGGGAGAGGUCGGGGUUUUCCAGAGGUCAGGGUUUUGGCCCGAGGUCGAGUUGGCCCCAGGUAGGGGUUUGCCCAAAGGGAGGGUUGUGGGAGGGCAGGGUUGGGAGAUUUAGGGUUGUGGCAAUUCAGGGUUGGGCAGAGGUCAGGGGUUUCGCGAGGUCAGGGGGCGGCAGAGGUCAGGGUUUGCGGCAGAGGUCAGGGUUGCGGCAGAGGUAAGGGUUGUGGCAGAGGUCAGGGUUGUGGCAGAGGUCAGGGUUGUGCCAGAGGUCAGGGUUGUGGCAGAGGUAAGGGUUGUGCCAGAGGUCAGGGUUGUGGCAGAGGUCAGGGUUGUGCCAGAGGUCAGGGUUGUGGCAGAGUCAGGGUUGUUGCAGAGGUCAGGGUUGUGCCAGAGGUCAGGGUUGUGCAGAGGUCAGGGUUGUGGCAGAGGUCAGGGUUGUGGCAGAGAGGUAAGGGUUGUGGCAGAGGUCAGGGUUGUGCCAGAGGUCAGGGUUGUGGCAGAGGUAAGGGUUGUGCAGAGGUCAGGGUUGUGCCAGAGGUCAGGGUUGUGGCAGAGGUCAGGGUUGUGCCAGAGGUCAGGGUUGUGGCAGAGGUCAGGGUUGUGCCAGAGGUCAGGGUUGUGCCAGAGGUCAGGGUUGUGCCAGAGGUCAGGGUUGUGCCAGAGGUCAGGGUUGUGCCAGAGGUCAGGGUUGUGCCAGAGGUCAGGGUUGUGCCAGAGGUCAGGGUUGUGCCAGAGGUCAGGGUUGUGGCAGAGGUCAGGGUUGUUCCAGAGGUCAGGGUUGUGCCAGAGGUCAGGGUUGUGCCAGAGGUCAGGGUUGUGUCCACAGUAGGAAUAAAACCUUUUGAAACGGGGAGGUAGCCUACUACCUGAACAGUCUGACAAGAAGUGCUCGUUUUCAUUCUCCGUUACAAAAUGUUGUGAAACGCUUUGGACCCUAUGGACAACCUAAACACUACUGUAGUUGAAGAAGUAUGUUAUGUAGUAUGAAGCCACUUCUAUUGAUGACAUAACUAAGCCUAUGGAAAGGUAGGAGAUGAAACCUGUUAAAAUGUGUCCAGUCCUUUUUUUGUGUGCAAGACACAUAGAGAUAGAUACAAUAGAGUACUGUGCUGGUACAUAUACUGUUUCUAGUUCUCUGGUGAGACCUGUGUGCCCUUCUGCUGUCCAGUGAUGAGGCUCACAAUGCAGAGUGAUGCCCAC